AUGAGAGGGGAGACGUCGCCGUCGCCGUUGUCGUCGUUGUUAUUUUCAACGCCACCGCCACCGCGACAAUUGCCAUUGCGGCAAACGACGUCAUCGUCGUUGUCGUCGCCGUCGCCACCACCACCGCCACAAUCGCGACGAUUGCAAACCGACGAAGAACAACAGCAGCAGCAGGAAGAGGAGGAGAAUAAGCGACAACCGUCGCCCGAUUUACACGGACCACGAUCGCCACGACAACGGCGACCUCCACAAAAACGGAUGCCACCACAACUACCACCGCCGCUGCCGCCACCGCCAUUACCACCACCACUACCGCCGCCGCCGCCGCCGCAGCCGCCGCGCGCCACCGCUGCAACGGAAAGUGUACAACAGCAGCGGCAUUUACGCUGGUGGCAGUGGCAAUGGCGACUUAUAAACGCGUAUCUUCCGAUAAACAAACGUGUAUUGCCACCACCACCGCCGCCGCUGCCACAGCCGCCACCGCCACGGCCAUUAUCAACAUUACCAUCGUCACCGCCCUCACCAUUAGCGGCCCCACUAGCAGACGAUGUUAUAACAAUAUCGUCUAACAAGGACGGCGUAAUUGUUUUGUCGUCAUCCUCCUCAUUGCAACAAAUGUCGCCCAUUUUACAGCGACCGCGGCCGCCACGGUCGCCGCGCCGGCGGCAACACUUGCAACAGCAACAGCAGCAGCAAAAAAACGACGAGAUGGAGGACGAAAUAGAAGAUUUUCAUCUUUAUUUUGAUGACUCCUCUUUGUCGCGCUCGUCAAUACGGACUGCUGAGACCACCACCAUCACCACCACCACUACCACCACCACCACCACUACCGCCGUCGUGGCCGCUGUUAUCGCAAAAACUCAAAAACAGCUACACUGGUGGCAAGAACAAUUGAAAAUAAUCAACUUUUACUGUCCGCAAUCAGAAUUAAGACAACCGCUACCACCACCGCCGCUACGGCCACCGGCGCUGCUGCCACAGUCACCACCACCACGGCCAUUAUUAGCAUCACCAUCACACCCGCCGUCACUGCCAUCACCAUCAGCGGCUUCAGUAGCAGACGAUAUAACAAUAACGUCUAACGAGAACGACGUAAUCGUCUUGUCGGCGGAAUCGUCAUCACAAUCACAGCCGCAGUUGCCGCAACCACCACCAUCGUCGUUGUCGUUGUCGUCGUCUUCGUCCGGGGUAUCAAUAAAUUACAUCAACACGUUUGACCUCAUAUUACAAGAAUACGACGUGGUCGAAAAUGACGGUGUUAACGAUAUCGUCAUAAAAACGGACGUGGAUUCGUUGAUGGUUCUUGAUUUACGCAAAGGACAAGACGACUCUGACGAAAACGACGACGCCGCCGCCGCCGCCAAGCCGACUAAAGUCUCAAGCAGACGAGAGCUGGACAGUCCAUUGCGCAGAGCUACGACUGCAAUUAUUGACAUCAUACUAGCGGCAGCGUCCAAGUUGUCACCGUACACAACAACGGCGCACGGCGGCAUAACAGUGUACGGAGAGCACACAAAGCGACAAGAUUGCACUUCAAGAUUUUGGGAAAUUGGCCAGUCUUGUGACCCAAAAAUUGGAACGCGUGCAUUUGUACGAUGA